UGCACCCUACGUAUGCUUUAUCAGGCGUCUUCGCGCACGGCUGCUUCCCUGUUCGCUCUGCUCCCGCGAGGUGGCCAUUUGCCUGCCGCUUUUCCUUUUUAAUUUCUAGGACUCGAACUCACUGCCAUGUCCUCUGAAGAAGGGAAGUUGUUCAUUGGAGGGCUCAACUUUAACACCGAUGAGCAAGCGCUGGAAGACCACUUCAGCAGCUUCGGGCCUAUUUCUGAGGUGGUGGUUGUCAAGGACCGGGAGACUCAGCGAUCCCGGGGUUUUGGCUUCAUCACCUUCACAAACCCAGAGCACGCCUCUGACGCCAUGAGAGCCAUGAAUGGAGAGUCCCUGGAUGGUCGGCAGAUCCGCGUGGACCACGCAGGCAAGUCUGCCCGGGGAACCAGAGGGGGUGCCUUUGGGGCCCAUGGGCGUGGUCGCAGCUACUCCAGAGGUGGUGGGGACCAGGGCUAUGGGAGCGGCAGGUAUGAAUCGCGACCUGGAGGAUAUGGAUACGGAUAUGGACGGUCCCGGGACUAUGGUGGCAGAAGCCAGGGUGGUUACGACCGCUACUCAGGAGGAAACUACAGGGACAAUUAUGACAACUGAGAUGCAGUGUGUGCCCAUACCGUAGAUACACAAGGAAUAACACUUCUGAUCCAGGAUCAUCCUUCCAAACGUCUAUUUAUAACGAUUUUUUUUUUUUUUUGGAGCUGCACUGAAACAUCUUAGUAUA